ACAACAACAACGUCGCAACCAAACUUUGAAGGCGACAAUUUGCUAGGACAAGCUUAUGAGGAAUCCGCACAGAGAGUUUUCAAACGACCAAAUUCGAGAAUUACUUGGGAUCAUAUGAAAUAUAUUCAAGAGUUUGAAACUAUUUCGAGUGUGAGUGCAUUCUUCAAGAUACCACGUAUUGGUAUUCAACGAAUCUACGAGAAACGUGGCGAUCGAUCACGGCCGAAUGCAUGGCGACGAUAUGGUGCAUUGAUGAAACUGCAUGAAAUUGGUGGUUGGCAGUCGAGUCGUCGGCAUCGGAAAUAUUACUUCGUAGAGCCUGGUUCUAAAACCGGUAAUGAGCCAAAUCGUCCACCGAUCACAAUCCGAGAUAGCAAGUUCAUACCAGCCUCAGGUCCGUUAAUUUUGUGUUGGGUCAUCAAUUCAUUCUCAUGUGUGUAUGCUGGUGUUCUUCCGCACUUAAUUCCUCGGAAUAUAUUAUUUCGAUAA